AGUGCCAGAGACCAUCUGCGGCUCCUGCCUUCGGCUCCUUCCCGUUAACGAGGUUAUGGGAGAGAAGGAGCCAUGUCAGAAGAAGYUGUUGGUGAGACUCGCUUUUCUUUGAGGACAGCAGCUUCGCGGGUGUUUCAGCUUCCCCUUUCUUGGUACUAUUCUCUUAGCCAGAUAAAGCUUUCCCCUGGGCUAAAGAAGUUGUUUACAGUAACAGCAGUGAGCGCAAUAUCUGUUAUUUUUCUGGCUCAUCACUUUAAAAGAAGGCGUGGAAAGAAGAACAGGAAAGGGGCACCGUGGGAGCCAGGUCAUAUAGUAAUAGAAUGCACCAAAGCAGCUGCGUCAGAAAAAGGUUCCAGUUGUUCCAGUAGCCGGCAAAACUUGACUCUUUCUCUGAGCUCUGCUAAGGAAAAAGGAUCUCAGUCUUGUAUCUAUGCAAAUGGAGGACUUUUCAGUAAAUACUCUGGUUCAGUUCAGAGUCUGGCCUCGGUUCAAAGUGCUACCUCUUGUCACAGUUGUGCUUGUGCCAAUUCCAAUUCCUGGGAUAAAGCAGAUGAAGAUGAUAUUAAGCUUGUCAAUAUUCCGGUGACCACGCCUGAAAACUUGUAUUUGAUGGGUAUGGAGCUCUUCGAGGAGGCGCUGCGCCGGUGGGAGCAGGCAUUAACUUUCCGUAACAGGCAAGCAGAAGAUGAAGCAAGUUGUAGCUCCAUCAAGCUAGGAGCAGGAGAUGCAAUUGCAGAAGAAAGUGUAGAAGAUAUCAUUAGUGUUGAAUUCAUUCAUAAGCUUGAAUCUUUGCUUCAAAGAGCUUAUCGUCUUCAGGAAGAGUUUGAGGCAACCCUUGGGGCUUCUGAUCCUGCUUCCUUAGCUAAUGAUAUUGAUAAGAAUACAGACAUUACUGUAAAGGAUAACACGGACGAUUUCUGCCUCCGAGAUACAUUGAGCAUUGCGUCAACAGACUCCUUUGUUUCCACAGCUGAGCUUACAGAGCACAGAGAGAUUCGUAAUUCCUACGGUCUAGAUUCCCUUUGCCAUUGCCCACUGUACGAAGAAGCUAUGCACUUGGCAGAAGAAGGCAAAAUUUAUUCCAGAGUGUUAAGAACUGAAAUGUUGGAGUGUCUAGGAGACAGUGACUUUCUUGCUAAGCUUCAUUGUAUUCGGCAAGCUUUUCAGAUAAUUCUUUCAGAAACAGCUAACAGAAUAUUUCUUGCUGAAAGUGGAAGGAAAAUUUUAUCCGCUUUAAUUGUGAGAGCRCGAAAGAAUCCGAAGAAAUUUGAAGAUGUCUUUGAUGAAAUGAUAUACUUUUUGGAACAAACAGAUCACUGGGAUAAUACAGAAAUGGAACUUGCUGCUAGAGGGGUGAAAAACCUGAAUUUUUAUGAUGUUGUUUUGGACUUCAUAUUAAUGGAUUCCUUUGAAGAUUUAGAAAAUCCACCAAUAUCUAUACAGAAUGUAGUAAACAACCGCUGGCUAAAUUCUUCCUUCAAAGAAACAGCUGUGGCCUCUAGUUGUUGGUCAGUACUGAAGCAGAAAAGACAGCAAAUGAAGGUGCCUGAUGGAUUUUUUGCACAUUUCUAUGCUAUAUGCGAACACAUCAGCCCUGUCUUGGCAUGGGGUUUUCUGGGCCCUAGGAACUCCCUGUAUGACUUAUGCUGCUUCUUUAAGGAUCAAGUGCUUUUCUUCAUGAAAGACAUUUUUGACUUUGAGAAGGUGCGGUACUCGACUAUGGAGAGCCUGGCCGAAGAUCUGAUGCAGUUACUGAUGCGGCGCACGGAGCUCUUGGCCACCUACCUCGGCGCCGAUUCCCUGCGACACGUCGGUGCGUGUGUGAGUGCUCAUGGCCACGUCAUGACCAGUGGCCUCUUGGAAGCGAAGGUGCAGUGAGCUUAAAACACCUGGCAAAGGCCGUGGACUGCACCUUGAAUUGCUCCUUCCCACCUUUCUUUCCAUAACCCUAUAGCUCUUGCUGCUCUUACUGAGCUAACAUCUGAAAAUGUACCAAGUGGCUGUAUGUGGAAAAGGACUCAGGGAGGCUAAAAAAUGCAUCUAGGAGAAGACCUGGUGAGCGUAAUAUUGUAUAUAUCUAAAUUAAAUUUGCAGCUCAGCUGUCACUGUAUUUAUAUUUAAUGUAUCCCAAAGCUUUUUUCUGUAAUAUUGGGGUAAAGUUUAUUUAUGAAAUACUGUACUUUUGCCACAGGUAAUUUGUGAUUGAAAGCUGACGGAGUUGUUUCCUUUGAAGUAUUGUACUACAGCUGCACAUUACAGUGUCUCAGAGUCAUUAUGUGUUUAGAUCUAGAAGGUGUUUCRGCUGGGGCAUAUGCAGUCUCUGAUUUAUGUGACACAUGUGCAGUAAUUACACUCUCAAAAUUCAACAUGUUGCUGCUGCCCAGAAAUUACAUUUGUGUGGGUGUGAACUGUCAUUUUGUAUUGCAGCAUAAGAGUAAUGCAGUAAAUAGAGGCAUCAUUUGGGCAGUAAUGACUUUCACUAUGCAUUUUUUAUUACUUUUUGUUUAAAGAUUCCUAAUAAUCAUGAAAAUGUUCCUUUGAGACCACUGUUUCWUAUAUUUUAAAAGCGAUGGUUGUUUUGUCACCUACUUUUAAAACUCUUCCUUUUUGUAAAACUAUUAGGAUUUUAUAUGGCAGCUGAAAAUAAUGCCGUUCUUGGUUCAAAUGUAGCAUUUAAAACUGAAUYCUUAAAUAAGGCUGUAGGAUAACAUCUGUUAAUCAUGAACAGUGGGUUAUCAUUAAAAGCAUUUUAGUCUCACUCACUUCCUUGUAGGAAAUCACUUGUCAGUUUAAGAGGAAAAUUAAGUAAUUGGCACAAUCUACAUCUAUCUACAUGUCUAUCUACAUGAAUAUGCAAACCUGGCUACGGAUAUGGGACCCUUAACUUUAGAUAGGGGCACAGUACAGUAAUGAGGAAUCAGAGACUUGCAGCAAAGUUUUCUUUUCUUGCUGUGCUACAGAUAAUAAAUAUGAAUGAUCUCUAUAUAUAAUAUAUAACUGAAUUCCCAUUAACUGACAUGAUGUUUCCUAGUUAGCUUUUGAACUACAUUUGUAUAUGCUUUGCUGCACGGAGGCAGCCCACAAAAAUCUGUGCUAUGUUAAAGAAGUAAUAGGAAGUGAUUAUAAAUAUUCAGGUACUUCAGAAACAUUUUGGUACAAAUCUAGCAUGUGGAAGCAAAGUUCAAUUGGUUACAUUUCAACUUAAUGUUGCAAACAACCCAGAAUGAUACCUUAAUAGGUAUGUGGCCUGUGUUGUUCAACAGACUUUAGUGCAGUCGCUGUGUCAAUGCCUUUUGUCUUGCUCAUUUGCUAAAUGUAAAAUGCAUCRUAUGAAAAUGCAUCAUAUGACUUGUGUGAAAUGCCAGUUGACUGUGGUUCAUAAAAAAGCAAGUAUACUUCUAUAUAUAAUAAUUAAAAAAAAUUCUAAAUACAUUAGAUGUAUUCCUUGAGAUCAUGACUGUCAAAAGCCUCUAGAAUCAUGGCAAAAAUGAGGUUCAUGUACUUCCCAACCAGAAUGCUGUGCCACGUCAUCAAUAUGUUUCAUUCAGACUUCUGCUUUUAAUUAUGUGAAUUUCCAAAACAUUUAAGGAAAAAAGAGAAUGCAGGAAUGUGUUGGUAGAUUCCUGAAUAAUGCUGGGUCUUUAUGGACCUUUUCCUGAAGAGUGUUCAUAAACUGUAAUAUUCUGUCCAUCCUAACCCAAAAACAGAGUUGUAAAUUGAAGUGGGGGACAGCUGAUUCCUUUAACAGAGAGCGUAUGAAGAAUAUUGACAACAAACCACCAAGCUGAAUGACUUGAGAAGUCUGCUGUCCUUGAGAAUGAGAAUGCCAGAUUUGCACCAAGCCAGUGAUGGUGUGAUGUAACUGCACUCUAAUUGUUACAGCAUCUUUCAUAAUCAACAUAAAAAUUUGGCUUAAC